CUUCAGGGAUAAAGUGGGUCUUCACGGGGCCAGAAACAAGUGGAGGAUGAGAUUGGAAGAGAAAUGGGUAGAAGAGCUUGUUGCUCCAAGGAGGGACUGAAUCGAGGAGCAUGGUCUGUUCACGAGGAUAAGAUCCUCACCGAUUACAUUAAAGCCCAUGGCGAAGGCAAAUGGAAUGUCCUAUCUACAAGAGCAGGGUUGAAACGUUGCGGUAAGAGUUGCCGGCUCCGAUGGUUGAACUACUUGAGGCCUGACAUCAAGAGAGGCAACAUUUCCCAUGAGGAGGAGGAUCUCAUCAUCAGACUUCAUAAACUCCUCGGCAACCGAUGGUCACUAAUAGCAGGAAGAUUGCCGGGCCGAACAGAUAACGAAAUCAAGAAUUACUGGAACACAAAACUCAGCAAGGAGGUAAAGGGAAUCCCCCAACGAUUCAUUAAUGGAGAAAGAGUUCAGAGUAAAUCAAAAGAGAGGAAGGCAGUGGCAGGUCUAAAGGCGGAGGCACCUAAAGAACUGGGCGAGCAAUCUCAUCCUGUCAUCCGACCCAAGGCAGUGAGGUGCACCAAAGUAUACAGUCCACCACAGCAAGAUGAUAAAAUGGCCGACCGAUGCUUGGAGCCUCUUUCAAAUAAGCAUGCAUUGGAAUCAAUACCUGAAGAUGUCGACCCUUCUGCGGACUUUGACAUGGAAGGGCUCUUGUCCGAAGUUCAGGACGAUGAUUUCUUGCAAGUUGGCAUGGAUGAACCUCGAGAAGAUAGUAAUGGAGUUCGUGGCCAGGACGGACUCAUCGAGAUGCCAUCAACCUGCUCGGAUCUUUCAUGUCAUUUUCAUGGAGCCAUGCUAGAGGAGUGGAGCGUCGGUGACGGUCUUCAACCAAAUCUCGCCCCAGAGAUUAACGCCCUGGCUUCUCUUCUAGACUGAAGAGUCAUGGCAACAAAAGAAAUGAAACUAUUGCCUUAAGGAGGGAGGGUGCCUUCCCUUCCAUUAUAUUUCCUCUCUUUUUUUCUUCAGGGUGUCUUCCAUGUCCCGUCUAGGUUAUAUUCCUUGAGACGAAAUACGUUUAACAAAUGCCUCUUGAGGGUGUCUUCCAUUGUCUCUUUGCUCUUCUCUAUGAUAAAAAGGAACUUAUUCAGUGUUUCACUGA